GAGCCAUACCGCGAUUACAAAGUUCGUCGAAUGUCCGGUUGUUGAAAGUAUACCCUUCCUUUCUGCCGUCUUGUAAACUGGACAAAUUUGUAACUUUGAACACUCACUGUACGAGGGCGCUGAAUACGCUUUCUAGUAUUUUUAUCACGGGAAAAACACGAUGAUUUCUAGCCGCAUCAUUCGAUUUUUUCACACAAACAAUUUGCUAUGGCAAAGCUCAAACAAAUCUCUUCUGGCCAAAUUAAGGAAAAAAACUGGAUUUACCUUUGCAAAUUGUAAAAAGGCAUUAGAAGUCAAUUCCAAUGAUAUCCAAAAGGCAGAAGCAUGGCUGAAAGAGCAAGCUCAACAACAUGGAUGGGUUCAAGCGGCUAAACUACAGGGUAGAAGUACCACCCAAGGUUUGAUUGCAGUCAUCGUAGACAAGAAUUAUGGUGCCUUGGUAGAAAUAAAUUGUGAAACAGAUUUUGUUGCGAGAAACAAAAAAUUUCAUGGAUUGGCAGAAACUGUGCUAACCGCUACAUUGAAUCAUGCUACGACAUUGAAUAGCAAUGACGAAGUCGAGAGAACUCUAUUGGAUAUGGAAACUUUGAAAUCAUUGCCUGCAAAAGAUGGCAAAUCAUUAGCUGAUCAUUCUGCCUUAACUAUAGGCUCAAUCGGUGAAAAUAUAACUUUAAGACGAGCUCUAUGUAUGCGAGUUCAAGGUGAUGCUGUAGUAUUUGGAGGUACGCAUCCAGCUCCCAUGAAUCCAAUACCUAUAUCCUUUGGAAGAUAUGGUGCAUUAGUAGCCGUUAAGGGAAAAGAAGAUAAAAUGAUACUUGGAACUCAACUUUGUCAACACAUCAUUGGUAUGAAUCCGUUAAAAGUAGGAGAUAAUACAGUGGACCAACCAAUUCUGGAUGUGGAUAACGAAACUUGUUUAAUAUAUCAAGAAUUUUUAUUGGAUCCUAGUCUUUCCGUGCAACAAGUUUUAAAGGAUGCUCAAGUAGAAGUCUUAGAUUUUGCACGAUUCGAACUAGGUGAAAAACUGAAUGGUGAUAAGCUUCUAGAUUCCGUUGAAGUUUGUGGUUGAAAUUGAAUACUACUUUGUCAAUAUGAAUUUGGUCAUAAUCUACAAUAUGUUGUUUGCGACGAUCGUUACAAUUGUUUUUUUUCUACCAUUCAUUAUAUUGCUUUUUACAAAAUAAUUCAAAAUUAAUUGAAUAUCUACAUGUAUAUAGGAACCAUCAUAUUAUAAAAACUUUUACAAAAUGCUUCAUGUUUUUUCUUUUUUUUUUAAGUAGA